UCAACUACGCAGACCUUCUUGCGGCCAGAAUGUCUCUCAAGCUUCCUCGGAACUGGGAUUUCAACCUGAAAAUGGAUAUGUCUAAAAUAGUUCGCUCCCAGAGCAUGAUGGCUGUUGACCCCAAGGGCCCCUGCACCUGGCCCCAUACUCUCAACUCUCUCGAGCGGCCUCUGAAAACUGGCUGGUUGAAGAAACAACGCUCCAUCGUCAAGAACUGGCAGCAGAGGUUCUUCGUGCUGAAAGGGCAACAUCUGUCUUACUACAAGGAUGAAGACGAUGGCAAACUCCAGGGUGUGAUCCGUCUUCAUGGCAGCACAAUCAAGGAGGUUGCUGCCACCUCUGAUGAAGGAGGGAAGUUUAUCUUUGAAGUCAUCCCAGAGAUCUCUAGAGACCAGAAUCGAACAGGACAAGACUCUUAUCUACUGAUGGCCAGUUCUCAGUCUGAGAUGGAAGACUGGGUGAAAUCACUCCGAAGGGUGGCAGGAUCCCCAUUAGGAGUGGUUUUUGGCCAACAGCUGGUGGAGACCAUGGUAUACGAGCAGAGGUUUGGGCAGCAUCAGGUUCCCAUUUUGGUUGAGAAAUGCACAGAGUUUAUAAGGAAGCAUGGUCUAAACGAAGAGGGCAUCUUCCGACUUCCUGGCCAAGACAACCUGGUGAAACGACUGAGGGAUAUGUUUGACGCUGGAGAGAGGCCAUCAUUUGACCGAGAGACAGAUGUACACACCGUGGCAUCCUUGUUUAAACUCUACCUGAGAGAACUUCCUGAGCCAGUCAUACCAUGGGCCCAGUAUGAGGACUUCCUCUUGUGUGGCCAGCUUUUGAGUGCUGAUGAGACAAAGGGGCGUCAGCAGCUAAUGAAGCAGUUGCCUCUGUUACCCCAAGACAAUUACAACCUUCUCAGUUACAUUUGUCGGUUCCUGUAUGAAAUCCAGCAGAACGCCAGUACCAACAAGAUGAGCGUGGAGAAUCUGGCAACAGUGUUUGGCGUGAACCUCAUCCGACCAAAAAUGGAGGAUCCUGCAACUAUUAUGAGAGGCACUCACCAUAUCCAGAAAGCGAUGACUGUGAUGAUCAGUGAGCACACCACACUAUUUCCUGUGUCCAAAGAUGUGCCUCCUUCUCCUCCUCUCCAGAAGGGCGAUUCCAAGAAGACCCCAGUACCCCGCAGUUCAGUUGGCUGGGGGGCUGUGGAAAGACCACUGCCAUCCAGAAAAGAGAACAGAACCCAGUGUCAAACAAAUGAUGAUCUAGAAGCUUCUGCCUUCAAAUUAGAUUGUAGUUCAGAUCCAUCAACAGAAGAUAAUGGGGACCUGAAGCCUAAAGACCUUCUUGGAAAGUGCACGACAGAGUCUAGGAAAAGAACUCAGACCCUUCCAAACAGGAAGUAUUUUGUGAAUAUUCCUUCCAACAGAGCGAAGCAAGGCGAAAUUUUCAGUGGUGAUUUUUGGUCACCUUCAGUGGUCCAGCCCAGUCCCAUUUCUUCUACAGGGGGUCACAAACGGACUUUGUCAGAGGGGCUUUCUAAGUUGUUCAACCUUCCACAGAUCUCAAACUCUGACAACUCCUGUAGUUCCCUAGGGGCAACUGGGACACAGACUCAUAAUGAGCACUCUUUGGCUGUAGCUGCUGAUACUUCACAAAAGGAUCUCAUAACUGGACCUGGGCAAAAUGGGGACAAAGUUCUAAAUCCCAGUCCUGGAGGUGAGAGCUCCCCUCCUGAGGACCUGGAGUCUCUGAGGAAAAUGAUUGUGGAGCUGAAACGGGAGAUGGAGGUACAGAAAAAGGAUUACGAGGAACAAAUUAACAGCCUGGAGAAGGAAAACUAUGAGGUCUGGGCCAAAGUGGUGAGGCUAAACCAGGAGAUUGAAAAAGAAAAGAGUAAAUUUGCAGAUCUGGAACGUAAGCUUCAGAAUAUUGAACAUUCUCGAGAUGAUAUUGAGGACAAGAACAAACUUCUAGAACAGGAGCUUCUGGACUCCAUGAAAUCCAGGAACCAGCUUGGGGCAAAUAAAUGAAUGGGGAAAGGAACAUCUCUUUGCAUGCAAAACACAAUGUUCUGUGCAAGGGAAGGACAUGUAGUCAAGUACAAAUGCAUGGUGGCGGCUCUUUCCUUGAAGAAUCAUCUGACUAGGUCUUCUGGAAGGCCUAGAGGAUACUGCAAAGUAUUUUUGUGGCCAGAACACACGAUCUUUGAGAACUGCAGGGCUCUACAAAAGGUGAUUUUGCAAUAGCCCAGCUACACAGGGCAAUUUCCUUUCUGGCCCUCAUUGAUUAAAAGUAGGUAUGAACCCAGACAUGUAAGAAACUGUAUACCAGCGUUCUUCUUUCUUCCGUAUGGUAUUUAAUUUUUGUGUGUGCAUUGUUCAACCUUUCUUUAGACCUCAAUGGACUCGUUGGUCAUUUCUUGGGAUCAAUUACCUAGAAAGGGGGGCAGGCAGCAUAAGGCAGAGGGCUGGUCCAGAGGCUCUGCAAUUUCCAAGAGAAAAGUGGAGGCUGAGGGGACAAGGCACUUCUUUCAGUGACUCCUAACUUUGUGCAUGCAUUUGGGGGGGGGGUAAAAUCUGUGAUCUAGACCCCCCCCCCUCCAUUCUAUCAGAUCGCUGGUCUUGGCUGUUAGGGCAGUGAAUGCUGUUCUUUAUUUUUUGUCCAGGCCCAUCUGUGAUAUCUUCUUUAUGAAAUUAGAUGAGGGGCCUGACUGGUGCUUACACAUAAUUAAGCAUGGAGGAAAUGGCUUGAGAGGGCAUUUUGUUGGAUCUAGUCCAUCUCCCCCCCCCCCGCUCUUUCCUUGGGGGAAAUUGCAACUGAAGUGAUUGGCAGUACAAUAUUAAGCAGAGUUAGAUCCUUCUAAAGCAAUGGGCUUAGAAGGGCAUAACUCUGUUUAGGUUUGGGCUCUGAGUCUGUUAUUUUGGGAUCCUUCCUCUGGCUACAUUUUGGUCUAGCCGCAUGAUACAUACCCCAUGGAGAAGUUGUGCCCUAAAAUCAGAGCAGGGUCAUGGAGAAAGAUGCCUGAGCUAUUCUUCAACGGGUGGGAUACAACCUCUUUGGCAUUUGACUUGGAGAGAUAGGAAAAAUGUAUUUUUUAGCCACUAUGUUGAUGGUUUUCUAAAAAAAACAAUAAAUCUCCCAGAAUCACAUGAAUCAUAAGACAGCAAAAGGUUCACUUCAUCAAGAGUGGGCAAAAAAGGCUCCUCGAGGACAUCCGCCUCUUCUCCAUCUCGUCAGGAUUCAUCUUCACUUGUUUCUCCCUUAGCCGCUUGACCGCAGCAUCUAGACACCUGCCCAGGACAGAGCAGCAUCCAGAUAUUAAACCACAUGGAAGACAACAGAGAUCUCUGUCAGGGCACUGCAGGACAACUUCCAAG